GCUCCAAUAACAGGCGGCUGUGCCGGGCAGGGCAGGUGAGAAGCGAGCCGGUGGUUUUGUUUUGGCAGCUUUCCCCCUUCCUGGGGCUGCCAUAGUAGCAGCUGUCUCCGGGUAUUCGGGCAGCUUCGUACCCGGACGCGUUUCCUAGCCAGGACUGCCCUCUGCCCUCCUUCGGUGCUUGCGGGGAAGAAGGGGAGGUGAGGGCGAGCGAGACCUCCCUAUGCCCGGCCCGUCUCAUUGCCGUCUUCUGGGGUCGGAGGUACGGGACCUUUCAUGGGGCGCUUCCGACUGUGUUUGCUUUGGGCCGCAACCGAAGUUUGUGAGCCUGGGCUGUUUCCGGAUGUUAUAUGAUGCAUACUGACUGUCUGUGAGCACUGACCCAUGUAAUUGGCCAACAGUACCAAGAUGGGACCCAGACGGAAAAGUAUGAAGAUGUGUUCCACAAACAGGGAAGGCCCUAUAUGUACCAAAGUUGCUGAACUGAAGGACUAUAUGAACCAGCUUUCCCAUGAAGUGCUAUGCCAUAUCUUUAGGUACCUUCCCCUACAGGAUAUCAUGUGUAUGGAAUGCCUCUCUAGGAAGCUAAAAGAAGCAGUGACCCUGUAUUUGAGGGUGGUGAAAGUUGUGGAUCUCUGUGCAGGCCGCUGGUGGGAGUACAUGCCCACUGGGUUCACAGAUUCCAGCUUCCUGACCCUCCUGAAGAAGAUGCCAGAUAUCGAACAGCUAUAUGGGCUUCACCCCAGGCAUCUUGACAGGCGUAGAGUUCGUGGCUAUGAAGCUUUUAGCAUUCCUGGAGUCUUAGAGGCCUUACAAGCUUGCCCAAAUCUGCUAGGUGUUGAAACUUCCCAUCUGGAGCUGGUGGAAGCCAUUUGGACAUACAUGCCACAAGUUCACAUCCUCGGGAAGUUUCGUAAUCGUAAUGGUGCCUUCCCGAUCCCACCUGAAAACAAAUUGAAAAUUCCAAUAGGAGCGAAAAUUCAGACUUUGCACUUAGUAGGAGUUAAUGUCCCUGACAUUCCUUGUAUCCCAAUGCUGAGGCAUCUGUAUCUGAAGUGGGUGAGGCUCACCAAACCGCAGCCUUUUAAAGAUUUUCUUUGUAUCAGUUUACGUACUUUUGUCAUGAGAAAUUGUGCAGGACCCACAAACUCAUUAAAGUACGUCCCCUUGGUCACAGGCUUGGCUUCUGCCCGAAACCUGGAACAUCUAGAAUUAGUUCGAGUUCCUUUCCUUGGAGGUCUUAUCCAGCAUGUUGUAGAAGAUAGCUGGAGAUCUGGGGGGUUCAGAAAUUUGCACACAAUAGUUCUGGGAGCUUGCAAGAAUGCUCUGGAAGUGGAUCUCGGCUACCUCAUCAUAACUGCUGCACGAAGGUUGCAUGAAGUACGAAUCCAGCCUUCCCUAACCAAAGAUGGUGUAUUCUCUGCACUAAAAAUGGCAGAAUUGGAGUUUCCACAGUUUGAGACCCUUCAUCUUGGAUAUGUUGAUGAGUUUCUGCUGCAGUGUAAAAUGAUCAAUGCAGAUCUAGUGAAGUAUGGCUUAGCUGAUGUAGUUGAAAAUCCAGGAAUCAUCACGGACAUUGGAAUGAAAGCGGUGAAUGAAGUCUUCUCUUCCAUUAAAUAUCUCGUCAUAUACAACUGUCCACAUCUACAUAACCCAAGCAGUUGGAUCACAGAUCACUCAAGAUGGACUCGGUUGUUUGAUCUCACCUUGGUACGGUGUCACGCAAUAAAACUUGAUUCUUUUAGUCAGUUUAUUGAGCUACUGCCAAGCCUGGAGUUCAUCUCUCUGGAUCAGAUGUUCCGGGAACCUCCCAAGGGAUGUGCUCGAGUAGGUCUGAGUGCCGGCACAGGAAUUGGUGUUUCGUCUGCUUUGGUCAGCAAUCAAAACUCCAAUAAUGAAAAUGAUAACAAUAACAACCACCAGAACAAUAAUGCGAACAUACAUCAUAACAACCACCAGCAGCCAAAUGACCAGAAUGAAGAAAAUGAGUUGCGGCAGGAGGAGCAGGCUGAAGAACAGCAGAUUGCAGCAGAGGCACUGAAUGAUAUGGAGGAGGUGGUACAGGAAGACGGGGUUGCUCUAGCAGAAAGUCACAGCGAAGCCUCUGCAACAAACCAGGCACUUCUUCCUAUGGAAGUCGAUGAAGAACAAGCAGGGCCCAGUGGCCUUCAGCCUAAUGUAAACCUAGCACCUAUUACUGUCCAUGACUCAGAUAGUGAAGAUGAAGAUGAAAACAUGACGACGUCAAGAUCUUACAUUACAAACAGCAUUGCACAAAGUUAUUCAGAUGGAGAAGAGAGAAUCAGAGAUCCUGUGGAAAUUCGGGAGCCUUCAGUGAGUGGAAAAGGUAAAGCUCCAUUGCGGAAGAGAUGCAAUGCCAACCGGGUGAAGCUGUUUCUUUCUGAGGAGAGCAGCUGUGAAAAGGGCUGUCAAGUCACUAGUGAGCAGAUAAAAGCAGAUAUGAAGGCGGCUAGUGACGUGACGACUGAGAGAAAUAAAAACAAAGAUUGUUACUCCAGCUGUGGUGGCAGCACAGGACCUCCAGGGACUUCAGGCACUGCUGCUUCUCAAAGCCCUGAUGACACAAGGACGGCUAAUAAUUCUAGUGAGACCCCAGCCGCAGAGAAUCCUGGGAAGUGUCUCUGCAAAAGAGAAAGUUUGAAUGAGAAUGACAAUGAGGAGAGUUCUUUUUGCUCCAGAUGUUCCUGCUAUAUGCCCCAGAGCCAACAAAGGAGGACUAACGGGGUGUCUGAUGAUGAAUGUCCAUCUACUAGUGGUACUUGUGGUGUGAAUGGACCAAAUGUGGAGGGGGCAGAAUUCUCACUGAGAACAUUACCAAGCUGUGGUUCUCCAGGGGAGACCAGCAAUGAGAGGACUAAUGAGAGAGUCUCUGGGUCUGUCAAUGAGCAACAGAGCACUACCUCUCAACAACGGAGGUAUGAAGUGGAGUAUAAUGAAGAUUACCCCCGCAGGCCAGUAACAAGAGCCAGAAGCAGACUUUCCCAUGUGCCUCUCGUGUCUCAGUCAGAAGCAGCCAAACCAAAGCCCCGGCAUGCAGUGAAGCGAAAACGGACAGCAGACAAGUCCACAAGCACUAGUGAUCCUGUGAUUGAAGAUGAUCAUGUACAAGUUCUGACACUAAAAUCCAAAAACCUUGUUGGAAUCACGUUGACAAACUGUGGCAUAACAGACCUGGUGCUGAAAGACUGCCCUAAAAUGAUGUUUAUUCAUGCUACCAGAUGCCGUGUACUGAAGCAUUUAAAAGUAGAGAAUGCGCCAAUUGUCAAUCGAUUUGACUAUGCUCAGUGUAAAAAACUAAAUAUGGAUCAAGUGUUGGAUCAAAUAUUGCGGAUGCCCCCAGAAAGAAACAGGAUCAUUUACCUUCGGCCAAUGCAGCAGGUUGACACACUGACUCUAGAACAGAAGAUUUUUAGCGGCCCAUAUCCAUACCACAUCUGUAUAAUUCAUGAGUUCAGUAACCCUCCAAAUGUUCGUAAUAAGGUGCGCAUUCGCAGCUGGAUGGACACUAUAGCAAACAUUAAUCAAGAGCUGAUUAAGUAUGAGUUCUUCCCUGAAGCCACACGAACAGAAGAGGACCUGAAAAAAUAUACAAAGUAUCCUUGGGGGAGAGAUAUUUAUACUCUUGAAGGUGUUGUGGAUGGAGCCCCUUAUUCCAUGAUUACAGAUUUUCCUUGGUUGAGGUCUCUCAGAACAGCAGAACCUAAUGGCUAUGCCAGAUACGACUUUGAGGAUGAUGAAAAAACUACGAUUUAUGCCCCUCGGAGGAAAGGACAGUUGUCAGCAGACAUCUGCAUGGAAACAAUAGGUGAAGAGAUCUCGGAGCUUCGUCAGAUGAAGAAAGGUGUGUUCCAGCGGGUGGUAGCUAUCUUCAUCCAUUACUGUGAUGUUAAUGGGGAGCCAGUAGAGGAUGACUACAUCUGAAUGGAUCCCCCUGCAGGCUUCCAGCCUUUUCUCCUGUUUUACUGGCGUUGUCAGCAGGAAAUUAAGUGGAUUUCUUCCACUGCCUCAGUGCACUGAGAGGUCUUGGAACUUGUGCGCUUCGCAGUUGCCCCAAUGCCUACUGGAAUAGAGUUUGUAGUACAUGUUUAAUGAGACGUUGCGUGGAAUACUGAGGACUCUACAUAGGAAAAAAAUCUUCCUGAAGUUGACUUUAUUUCAUAUGUUUAUAUAAUGAAAUUUAAUUUAAGUUCCAUUUUAAUGAAGGCAACUAAUGGCAAAGGGAAAAAAAGUUUGUAUUUCUUAGCCUGAAUGAUUCCUAGCAGUAUUUUUUUGGUUUGUCAAAAGCAAAGAUCCGUAUGCUAUGUUCAGGAGUCACAGGAAUCUUUUAAUCUGUGCCUUUUUUCCUCUUGAGCAUCUAAGAGUCCAGUCUGAGUAAAUCUGUUCAACAGCCCUUGAGUCUUGUGCAUUUUUCAAAGGGAGCUGCACUGGAGGAGUUAAACCAAUGAAGAAUGACAGAAGUAAGAAGAGCAGCCAUCGAAAAGACUUGCAGAAAAUUGUCAGUGGUUUAUUCCUUUUAUUGAAAAAUUCAAUUUAAGACAGCUUGCUAUUUCAGUAAAGUAAAGCAGUAGUGGACCGAAGUAAAGCAGACUUGUGGACCAGAUUGUGCAAAAUUAAUAAAAAGCAAUAAAUUCAACAUGAGGCUGCUCAUGUUACUUCUGCCUGAAUUCCGCAAUGCUCACUUUGCCUCCGGUUAAUUCAUCUCUGCAAAGUAUAUGGUAGUCAUUUGUUCCCUGGAUUAUCAUGUCAUACUCAUGAGUAACUGUUUAUAAGAUCAGCUAAGACGAGUGCAUACAAAUCACACAGGUGUUAACAGAUCAGAAACUUUUAAACAACCACUGCAGUGAACUAAAUUCAGCAGUAUUGGAUGCCAGCAAUCACUGACCACUUCCUUGGCUGAAUGAUAGAUCAUAUUGUUAGGUAUUAGUUCAGUUGGCCCUUCCAUUAACCUUUAUCUUUCAGGGGUCAGGCCAUGGUUUAGUGGCAGAGUAGCUGCUCUCCUGCCAAAGGUCCCAGCAUUGGGUAGUUAGUGAUAUGAAAGCCCUCUGCCUGUGACCCUGGAGAGCUGUUGCCUAUUGGAGUAGACAAUACCUUCUUCGAUGGACCAUUGGUCUGAUUUGAUAUAAGGCAACUUCCUGUGUUUAUGCAUGUAUAUUCCUUUCAGCUGAGAGCUGAAUUAACUUCUUUAUGUUGAUUUUUUUCAUCCAUUAAAUUUGCUCACCUUU